UAUCACAUAAAAACAAUCAUAUAUAGCAAAAACAUAUAUCCUCAAAUUAAGAUCUCAUCUCUCUCUACCCUCCUUAUGGAUCAUGAGGAAAUUCCAUCAAUGCCCUCAACGCCGGCUACAACCCCGGGGACUCCAGGAGCACCGCUCUUUGGAGGAUUCGAAGGGAAGAGGAAUGGACACAAUGGUAAAUAUACACCAAAGUCACUUCUAAAAAGCUGCAAAUGUUUCAGUGUUGACAAUGAAUGGGCUCUUGAAGAUGGAAGACUCCCUCCGGUCUCUUGCUCUCUCCCUCCCCCUAACGUUUCCCUCUACCGCAAGUUGGGAGCAGAGUUUGUUGGGACAUUGAUCCUGAUAUUCGCCGGAACAGCGACGGCUAUCGUGAACCAGAAGACAGAUGGAGCUGAGACGCUUAUUGGUUGCGCCGCCUCGGCUGGUUUGGCGGUUAUGAUCGUUAUAUUAUCGACCGGUCACAUCUCUGGGGCGCAUCUCAAUCCGGCUGUCACCAUUGCCUUUGCUGCUCUCAAACACUUCCCUUGGAAACACGUGCCGGUGUACAUCGGAGCUCAGGUGAUGGCCUCCGUGUGUGCGGCGUUUGCACUGAAAGCAGUGUUUGAACCAACGAUGAGCGGUGGCGUGACGGUGCCGACGGUGGGUCUAAGCCAAGCCUUUGCCUUGGAGUUCAUUAUCAGCUUCAACCUCAUGUUCGUUGUCACAGCCGUAGCCACCGACACGAGAGCUGUGGGAGAGUUGGCGGGAAUUGCGGUAGGAGCAACGGUCAUGCUUAACAUACUCAUAGCUGGACCAGCAACUUCUGCUUCGAUGAAUCCUGUAAGAACACUAGGUCCAGCCAUUGCAGCAAACAAUUACAGAGCUAUUUGGGUUUACCUCACUGCCCCGAUUCUCGGGGCGUUAAUCGGAGCAGGAACAUACACGAUUGUGAAGUUGCCAGAGGAAGAUGAAGCACCCAAAGAGAGGAGGAGCUUCAGAAGAUGAAAGACAAAACUUGAAAACCGUUGGCUUAUGUUACUCUGUUUGCAUCACAUGUGUAUAAUAUAAUAUCUGGGGUCAC